GUUCCAGCCGGAGAAACUGUCAGGCUCCAGACUAUGGCACUGUACAACCAUUCACUCUGAGCUGUGACCGCGCACCAACAACAGCAACAACUCGCAGCGACUGGCCAAGGGGAAGGAAGAAAAAAUAAAAAAUAAAAAGAGGGAUUCAGAUCUUGUUGGAUAAUAUGAAAGCGAUGUGCAGAGGUGACAGUCGGGAGUCAGGCAGGACAGCAGCGCUCUGCAGCAAGGGAUGUACUAAAUGUGCACUUGUGGACUCCUUGCGCCUGGGGAACAUGACAAGUGGAUGUACAUUGUGUUACCUGCUUUUUCUACUGACCAUCACAUGUGUGAAAGGAUUUAUAUAUACUUGCGGUGGAACAUUAAAAGGAUUGAAUGGAACUAUAGAAAGCCCAGGUUUCCCAUAUGGUUAUCCAAAUGGUGCAAAUUGUACUUGGGUAAUAGUAGGAGAAGAACAGAACAGGAUUCAAAUAGCCUUUCAAUCUUUUGCCUUGGAAGAAGAAUAUGAUUAUUUAUCACUGUAUGAUGGACAUCCUCAUCCUACAAAUUUUAGAACAAGGCUAACAGGAUUUCAUCUUCCACCACCUGUAACGAGUACAGGAUCAGUGUUUUCAUUGCGCUUGACAAGUGAUUUUGCUGUUAGUGCCCAUGGUUUUAAAAUAUUCUAUGAAGAGUUACGGAGUGGGUCCUGUGGAAAUCCCGGAGUUCCACCUAAAGGAGUCCUGUCUGGUACAACGUUUGAUAUUGGAGAUAAAGUCCGUUAUAGCUGCGUGACUGGCUACAUUUUAGAUGGACAUCCACAGCUCACUUGUAUUGCAAAUUCUGCAAGUACUGCAACUUGGGAUUUCCCUGUUCCUAUGUGUAGAGCUGAAGAUGCUUGUGGAGGCACAGUUAGGGGAUCAAGUGGAAUUAUCUCCAGCCCAAACUUUCCAAAUGAGUACCAUAAUAACGCAGACUGCACAUGGACGAUAGUUACCGAACCUGGGGAUACAAUAUCAAUUGUUUUCACAGAUUUUCAUAUGGAGGAAAAAUAUGAUUAUUUAGAAAUUGAAGGCUCUGACCCACCAAAAAUAUGGCUGUCCGGAAUGAAUGUGCCCCCUCCAGUAAUCAGCAACAAAAAUUGGUUAAGGUUACACUUUGCAACAGAUAACAACCACCGAUAUAGAGGAUUCAGUGCACAAUAUCAAGGUUCCUUCUUGAACAAAACUACUUCCAGCGGUGAGUUGGAGGAGCAAAUUGACGCUACUCCUGGUGCUGUAACACUUGCUAUCACUUCUGCUGAUGUUACUGUAUCCUGUUAUACUGAUGCCCCCAACAAAAGACAUUGUGAAGAAUACCCAGUUCAAGAUGUAGAACACGUUCUGGAACGCAACGUAUCCAAAGACCUGCACUCUUCUCCAACAGCACAAACACAAAUCGUUCGAAGACGGCCACGAAAUUCUGGUCAGAUAGAAAGAACUAAAGAACUUGCAGGUGUUACUCAUAGAGCAAAAAAGUCCAUAGAUUAUAAAUCUAGAGGAUUUAAAUUGUUUCCAGGGAAAGACAUCAGCAGCAAGUUUUCUAUCUUAAAUGAGGGAGGAAUUAAACAAGCAUCAAAUAUGUGUCCAGACCCGGGGGAACCUGAGAAUGGAAAAAGAAUAGGCUCUGAUUUUAGCCUUGGAGCCACAGUUCUGUUUUCUUGUGAUGAAGACUAUGUUCUUCAAGGUGAGAAAAGUAUCAACUGCCAAAGGAUUGCUGAUGUCUUUGCAGCAUGGAGUGACCACAGACCAGUAUGUAAAGUAAAAACCUGUGGAUCUAAUCUUCAAGGACCCGGUGGUACAUUUACAUCUCCCAAUUUUCCAUUUCAAUAUGAUAGCAAUGCUCAGUGUGUUUGGGUCAUCACAGCUGAAAAUCCUAAUAAAGUAAUUCAAAUAAAUUUUGAAGAAUUUGAUCUUGAAAUUGGAUAUGAUACACUAACAAUUGGUGAUGGAGGAGAAGUUGGAGCUCCAAAAACAGUUUUGCAAGAGUUAACUGGAAGCUUCGUACCAGAUUUAAUUGUUAGCAUGAGUAACCAAAUGUGGUUACAUCUCCAGACAGAUGAAAGCAUUGGAUCCAUUGGCUUUAAAGUUAACUACAAAGAAAUUGAGAAAGAAAGUUGUGGUGACCCAGGAACUCCAUUAUACGGUAUUAGAGAAGGAGAUGGAUUUUCUAAUGGAGAUGUUCUGAGAUUUGAAUGCCAGUUUGGAUUUGAAUUAAUUGGCCAGAAAUCGAUUGUUUGUAAGGAAAACAACCAAUGGUCAGCAAAUAUACCAAUCUGCAUAUUUCCUUGCUUGUCAAAUUUCACUGCUCCAAUGGGAACUGUCCUUUCUCCUGAUUACCCAGAUGGAUAUGGCAAUAAUUUAAACUGCAUCUGGACAAUAAUAUCAGAUCCAGGCAGUAGGAUUCACCUCUCCUUUAAUGAUUUUGACUUAGAAACACAGUUUGAUUUUCUAGCUAUUAAAGAUGGUGAUUCUUUGGACUCCCCAUUAUUGGGAACGUUUACAGGAGCAGAGGUUCCAUCUCACCUUACCAGCAACAAUCACAUAUUAAGGUUGGAAUUUCAAGCAGAUCAUUCUAUGUCUGGAAGAGGAUUCAACAUCACAUAUAGCACAUUUGGCCAUAACGAAUGUCCUGACCCUGGGGUACCAAUAAAUGCUCGUCGUUUUGGUGACAAUUUUCAGCUGGGGAGUUCCGUUUCUGUUAUCUGUGAAGAUGGAUUUAUCAAAACGCAAGGCACUGAAACAAUCACUUGCAUUCUCAAAGAUGGCAAAGUCACGUGGAGUGGACCAAUUCCAAGAUGUGAAGCUCCCUGUGGUGGCCACUUUUCAUCUCCCAGUGGAGUUAUUCUUUCACCUGGAUGGCCUGGAUACUAUAAAGACUCAUUGAAUUGUGAAUGGGUGAUUGAAGCUGAACCAGGACGCUCUAUCAAAAUAUCAUUCGAAAGAUUUCAAACAGAACUUAAUUACGAUGUAUUGGAAGUGCACGAUGGACCAAAUUUGUUGUCACCUCUUGUGGGAUCUUACAAUGGCACACAAGUUCCUCAGUUCCUGUUCAGUAGUGUGAACUACCUUUAUCUUCUUUUCACUACAGACAACAGUCGAUCCAAUAAUGGUUUUAAGAUACAUUAUGAGAGUGUGACAGUUGACACUCAUUCAUGCCUAGAUCCUGGAAUUCCAUUACAUGGACAUCGUUAUGGCUAUGACUUUUCUAUUGGGUCCACAGUUUCCUUUGGUUGUCAGUCAGGAUAUACUCUCAGUCAUGAAGAGCCUUUGUUAUGUGAAAAAAGUCAUUGGUGGAGCCAUCCAUUGCCAAACUGCGAUGCUUUGUGUGGUGGAGAUGUCAGAGGUCCAAGUGGCACAAUCCUGUCUCCUGGAUAUCCUGAGUUUUACCCAAAUUCUUUAAACUGUACAUGGACAAUUGAAGUUACUCAUGGAAAAGGAGUACAGUUCACCUUUCAUACCUUUCAUCUGGAAGAUCUUCAUGACUACCUGCUAAUCACUGAAAAUGGUAGUUUUACCCAACCACUGGCACGGUUGACUGGAUCAGAGCUCCCUACAGCAAUCAAUGCUGGUCUCUAUGGAAAUUUCAGAGCUCAGUUGCGUUUUAUUUCAGAUUUUUCAAUAUCAUAUGAAGGAUUUAACAUUACAUUUUCUGAAUACAAUCUUGAACCUUGUGAAGACCCUGGAGUCCCCCAGUUUGGGAAACGUUUUGGACACAGUUUUGGUGUAGGUGACACAAUAAUGUUCACUUGCUCAGCUGGGUAUCGCUUGGAAGGAAUAUCAGAGAUCAUCUGUCUUGGCGGUGGUCGGCGCGUGUGGAGUGCACCUCUGCCAAGGUGUGUGGCUGAAUGUGGAGCAUCUGCAACAAGUAAUGAAGGAAUUCUGCUGUCUCCGAAUUAUCCACUGAACUAUGAAAAUAACCAUGAAUGUAUUUACAGCAUCCAAGUUCAAGCAGGAAAAGGAAUCAAUAUUUCUGCUAGAACCUUUCACUUAGCACAAGGAGAUGUUCUAAAAAUCUAUGAUGGGAGGGACAACACCGUACACCUUCUGGGCGCUUAUACAGCAUCUUCAUUAAGAGGACUGACUUUAAGUAGCACAUCCAACCAUCUGUGGUUGGAAUUUAAUUCUGACUUUGAAGUCACUGAUGAAGGCUUUCAGUUAGUUUACACUAGUUUUGAACUCUCACACUGUGAAGAUCCUGGUGUGCCUCAAUUUGGAUACAAAAUCAGCGAUCAGGGACAUUUUGCUGGUAGCACAAUCAUUUAUGGAUGCAACCCAGGUUACACACUUCAUGGAAGCAGCCUGCUGAAAUGUAUGACAGGAGAGAGAAGAGCAUGGGAUUAUCCCUUACCAUCUUGUAUUGCUGAAUGUGGUGGCCGUUUCAAAGGUGAAUCUUCUGGCAGAAUAUUAUCACCUGGAUAUCCUUUCCCAUAUGACAAUAAUCUACGCUGCACUUGGAUAAUUGAGGUGGACUUGGGAAAUAUUGUAAGCCUUCAGUUUCUUGCCUUUGAUACAGAGGCAUCACAUGACAUACUGCGGGUUUGGGAUGGACCACUUGAAAAUGAAAUGCUGCUGAAAGAAAUAAGUGGCUCUCUUAUCCCAGAAGGGAUUCACAGUACCCUUAACAUUGUUACAAUUCAAUUUGACACAGAUUUUUACAUCAGCAAAUCAGGCUUUGCUAUUCAGUUUUCAAGUUCGGUUGCCACAGCAUGUAGAGACCCUGGAGUCCCCAUGAAUGGAACCAGAAAUGGGGACGGUCGAGAGCCUGGGGACACAGUUAUUUUUCAAUGUGACACAGGUUAUGAGUUACAAGGAGAAGAAAGAAUAACUUGCAUACAAGUGGAAAAUCGAUUCUUUUGGCAGCCCAGUCCUCCAUCUUGUAUAGCACCAUGUGGAGGUAACCUGACUGGGUCUGCUGGAUUUAUUCUUUCACCAAAUUUCCCUCACCCAUAUCCUCACAGCAGAGACUGUGACUGGACUAUUACAGUGAAUACUGACUAUGUUAUUUCCUUAGCAUUUAUAAGUUUCAGCAUUGAGCCCAACUAUGAUUUCCUUUAUAUUUAUGAUGGUCCGGAUAGUAAUAGCGCACUUAUUGGAAGCUUCCAAGACAGUAAAUUACCGGAGAGAAUAGAAAGCAGUUCAAACAACAUGCAUUUGGCUUUUCGAAGUGAUGGAUCAGUUAGUUUUACUGGUUUUCAUUUAGAAUACAAAGCUAAAUUGCGUGAAUCUUGUUUUGAUCCUGGAAAUAUUAUGAAUGGGACCCGGCUUGGAAUGGAUUAUAAACUGGGAUCUACAGUUACUUAUUACUGUGAUGCUGGUUAUGUCCUUCAAGGAUAUUCAACUCUCACAUGCAUCAUGGGAGAUGAUGGGCGACCUGGGUGGAACAGAGUCUUGCCCAGCUGUCAUGCACCAUGUGGCGGUCGUUCUACUGGCCCUGAGGGUACAGUUUUAUCACCAAAUUAUCCUAAGAACUACAGUAUAGGUCACAACUGUGUAUAUUCUGUGGCUGUCCCAAAGGAGUUUGUGGUUUUUGGCCAGUUUGUGUUUUUCCAGACAACUCUACAUGACGUAGUUGAGGUAUAUGAUGGACCAACUCAGCAGUCUUCACUCUUAUCAUCUCUUUCAGGAUCACAUUCAGGGGAAUCGCUUCCACUAAGUUCUGGUAACCAGAUUAUAAUUAAAUUUACUUCUAUUGGACCUAUGACUUCGAAGGGAUUUCACUUUGUCUAUCAAGCUGUUCCAAGAACAAGUGCAACCCAAUGUAGUUCAGUGCCAGAACCACGAUUUGGAAAAAGGAUUGGAAACGAAUUUGCUCUUGGUUCUGUGGUGCUGUUUGAAUGCAAUCCUGGGUAUAUUCUACGUGGAUCAAUAGCAGUUCGAUGUGAUGCAGUGCCCAAUGCCUUAGCUCAGUGGAAUGAUACCUUACCAACAUGUAUAGUACCCUGUGGUGGAAUUUUAACAAAGCGUAAAGGGACCGUUUUGUCUCCUGGCUACCCAGAGCCAUAUGACAACAAUUUAAACUGUAUAUGGAAAAUCACUGUGCCAGAGGGUGCAGGCAUUCAAGUGCAAGUUGUCAGUUUUGCUACAGAACAUAACUGGGACUCUCUGGAUUUUUAUGAUGGCAGUGACAACAAUGCACCAAGACUUGGCAGCUAUUCAGGAACUACAAUUCCUCCACUUCUUAAUAGCACAUCUAACAACCUGUACUUGAAUUUUCAAUCAGACAUCAGUGUUUCGGCAGCUGGAUUUCAUCUCGAGUACACAGCAAUAGGCCUUGAUUCAUGUCCAGAACCUCAAAUGCCAAGCAAUGGGAUAAAAGUUGGUGACAGAUAUAUGGUUGGCGAUGUUGUAUCUUUUCACUGUGAUCAAGGUUACUCACUUCAGGGGCAUUCGCAUAUGACGUGUAUGCCUGGUCCUGUAAGAAGAUGGAACUAUCCCAUUCCUAUAUGUAUUGCCCAAUGUGGGGGAGCUAUGUCAGACUUCAGUGGCGUAAUACUUAGCCCAGGAUUUCCUGGAAACUACCCAAGUAGUCUUGAUUGUACGUGGACUAUUAAAUUGCCCAUUGGAUUUGGUGUACAUAUGCAGUUUGUCAAUUUUUCCACUGAAACUAUACAUGAUUACCUAGAAGUACGGAGUGGCUCAUCCGAUGCUGGUUCAGUCAUUGGCAGAUUAAGUGGUCCUCAACUUCCAGCUUCACUGUUUAGCACAACUCACGAAACCAGUAUGUAUUUUCACAGUGACUACUCCCAAAACAAACAAGGUUUUCACAUUAUUUACCAAGCAUAUCAGUUACAGAGCUGUCCUGAUCCUCGGCCAUUUCGGAAUGGAUUUGUCAUUGCCAGUGACUUCACAGUAGGGCAUACUAUUUCAUUUGAGUGUUAUCCUGGCUACUCUUUGAUUGGGGAGUCUGCACUCACAUGUCUACAUGGAGUUAGCCGGAACUGGAACCACCCAUUGCCUCGUUGUGAUGCUCUUUGUGGAGGAAAUAUAACUGCAAUGAAUGGCACUAUUUACUCUCCUGGAUACCCUGAUGAAUACCCAAACUUUCAAGAUUGCCUCUGGCUUGUAAAAGUGCCACCUGGGAAUGGAAUCUACAUCAAUUUUACAGUUCUUCAAACAGAACCUAUAUAUGAUUUUAUUACUGUAUGGGAUGGACCAGAACAAAGUUCUCCACAGAUAGGACAGUUCAGUGGUAACACAGCCUUGGAAUCGGUAUACAGCACAUCAAACCAAGUUCUGAUUAAAUUCCACAGUGACUUUACAACAAGUGGUUUCUUUGUACUCAGUUAUCAUGCCUACCAGUUGAGAAUUUGCCAGCCUCCAUCAGUUGUUCCAAAUGCAGAAAUAUUGGCAGAAGACGAUGAGUAUGAUAUCGGGGAUAUAAUCCGGUACCAAUGCUUGCCAGGAUUUACUUUGGUUGGUAAUGAGGUACUUACCUGCAGAUUGGGUGAACGACUUCAGAUGGAUGGAUUACCACCUUCUUGCCAAGUACUAUGUCCAGCCAAUGAAAUCCGACUUGACUCUACUGGCGUUAUAUUGAGCCCUGGCUAUCCUGACAGCUACCCCAAUCUUCAGAUGUGUGCAUGGACUAUUAGUGUAGAAAAGGGAUAUAACAUCACCUUAUACUUUGAAUUCUUCCAAACUGAAAAGGAAUUUGACAUGCUUGAAGCAUUUGAUGGUCCUAAUAGUCACCACCCGCUGCUUAUUUCAUUGAGUGGGGAUUACUCUUCAACAUUCAACAUAACAAGCAGCGGCCAUGAAGUUUUUGUACGAUGGUCAGCUGAUCAUGGAACCAACAAAAAAGGAUUCCGAAUUCGAUACAUAGCUAACUAUUGCAGCACACCAGAAUCCCCACCCCAUGGGUUUAUUAUAAGUCAAACAGGUGGACAACUGAAUAGUAUGGUUCGGUGGGCAUGUGAUCGAGGAUUCAGACUCAUUGGCAAGAACACUGCUAUCUGUAAAAAGGCUCCAUAUGGGUAUUAUACCUGGGAUGCUCCUGUUCCUGCAUGUCAAGCAAUAUCCUGUGGGGUUCCUAAGUCCCCUUUGAAUGGAGGAAUACUGGCAACAGAUUACUUAGUAGGAACUGGCAUCACUUAUUUUUGCAGUGAUGGGUAUCGCUUAUCAUCUAAGGAGCUCACUGCAGCCAUAUGCCAACCAGAUGGAACUUGGAGCAAUCACAAUAAAACACCUCGUUGUGUUGUUGUUACAUGUCCAAGUAUAAAUUCUUUUACCUUGGAACAUGGAAGAUGGCGCAUUGUGAAUGGAUCCCAUUAUGAGUACAAAACAAAAGUCGUCUUUAGCUGUGAUCCAGGCUAUUUCCGUUUGGGACCUGCAUCUAUUCAAUGUCUUGCCAAUGGAACUUGGAGCUGGAGAAAUGAGCGACCUCACUGCCAAAUUACCUCCUGUGGAGAGAUGCCUAUACCACCCAAUGGAAAGAAAAUUGGAACUCAAACCACAUUUGGGUCAACAGCGAUAUUUGCUUGUGAUACAGGUUAUAUGUUGGUGGGCUCAGCUGUGCGAGAGUGUUUGUCUUCUGGUCUUUGGAGUGGGACUGAAACCAGAUGUUUAGCUGGGCACUGUGGAACCCCAGAAUUAAUUGUCAAUGGGCAAGUGAUUGGAGAUAAUUAUGGCUACAGGGAUACAGUCGUUUACCAGUGCAUUCCUGGUUUUCGUUUGAUUGGAUCAUCAGUACGAAUAUGCCAGCAAGAUCACAACUGGUCAGGCCAGCUGCCUUCCUGUGUGCCUGUCAGCUGUGGACAUCCAGGGAGUCCAAUAUAUGGAAGAACAAGUGGCAAUGGUUUUAACUACAAUGAUGUAGUCACGUUCUCUUGUAAUACGGGUUACAUCAUGCAAGGACCAACUAGAGCCCAAUGUCAGGCCAACAGGCAAUGGAGUCAUCCUCCACCUAUUUGUAAAGUGGUCAACUGCAGCGAUCCAGGCCUUCCGGAAAAUUCUAUCAGAGAAAGUAAAAUAGAACAUGGUAACUUUACAUAUGGUACUGUGGUGUUUUACGACUGCAGCCCAGGAUAUUUUUUGUUUGGUUCUCCAGUACUUGUUUGUCAACCCAACGGAUACUGGGACAAGUCACUUCCAGAAUGUAUCAUGAUUGACUGUGGCCAUCCUGGUGUCCCACCGAACGCAAUUAUUUCUGGAGAAAAGUUUACAUUUGGAUCUACUGUUCAUUAUUCCUGCACUGGAAGGCGAACCCUAAUAGGCUAUUCGACAAGGACCUGUCAGUUAAAUGGGCAUUGGAGCGGAUCUUCACCUCACUGCUCAGGUGAUACUGCUGGUUCGUGUGGAGACCCAGGAAUAUCAACUCAUGGUUCAAGAGAAGGUUCUGAAUUUAGAACAAAGAGCAAAUUAAGAUUUAGCUGUGAGAUCGGGUAUAUUCUUCAUGGGUCUGAAGAAAGAACAUGCCUCAGCAAUGGCACAUGGACUGGAAAACAACCAGAAUGCAAAGCUAUACAGUGUGGAAAUCCAGGGACAACAGCAAAUGGAAGAGUUUUUCGUGUCGAUGAAACAACAUUUUCCAGCACAGUUAUAUAUUCUUGCUUGGAUGGAUAUAUACUUUCCGGCACUAACAUCAGACAAUGCACCGCCAAUGGCACAUGGUCUGGUGCUCUGCCUAACUGUACCAUAAUCAGCUGUGGAGAUCCUGGUGUCCCUGCUAAUGGUCUCCGAUAUGGAGAAGAUUAUAUAGUUGGCCAGAAUGUUACCUUUGUAUGCCAACCUGGUUACACAAUGGAUCCUAAAAUUUCUGCCACUCGCGUGUGUACAAGUAAUGGUACAUGGAGUGGAAUAAUCCCAGUUUGUAAAGCGGUUACUUGCCCUUUGCCUCCACAAGUGUCCAAUGGAAAAAUAGAAGGCACAAAUUUUGACUGGGGAUUUAGCAUUAGUUAUAUUUGUUCUCCUGGCUAUGAACUGUCUUUUCCUGCACUGCUUACCUGCGUUGGAAAUGGAACGUGGAGUGGGGAAGUACCCCAGUGCUUGCCAAAAUUUUGUGGUGACCCUGGAAUACCGGCCAAUGGAAAAAGAGAGGGCAAGAGCUUUAUAUUUCAAUCGGAGGUGUUGUUUAUGUGCAAUCUACCAUUCAUUUUAGUUGGGUCCAAUACUAGGAUAUGUCAGGCAGAUGGGACUUGGAGUGGUUCACCUCCACGAUGCAUAGAGCCCACAUGGACAUCUUGUGAAAACCCUGGUACACCACGGCAUGGCUUUCAAAAUAAUACAUAUGGAUAUCAGAUGGGGAAAACUGUGCAGUUCUCUUGCAAAAAAGGAUAUCUCUUACAUGGGUCCACAUCCCGUACAUGUCUUCCCGACCUCACCUGGAGUGGCAUUCCAACUGAAUGUAUUCCACACAGCUGUAAGCAACCAGAAUCUCCAUUACACUCAAAUGUUGUUGGAAUGGAUCUGCCAUCUCUUGGUUAUACAUUGAUAUACAGCUGUCAGCCAGGAUACAUUCUCUCUGGUGGAACAGAACACAGAAUAUGUCAGCCAGACAAUACUUGGAGUGGAAAAGUUCCAGUGUGUACAGCAGGAUCCAAACCACUGGAAAAUAAAAGCAAGACAGUUCCUGGAACCCCAAGCCCUAAGUUAAAUGUUCCAGAUGAUGUAUUUGCACGAAACUACAUUUGGAAAGGUUUCUGCAUCUUUAAAGGAAAGAACCAACAAAUGAAUUUUACAGUUAAUAACUUCAACACCUCUACUGGAAAAGUGAAUGCAACUUUAGUCAUCAGCAGCACAGAGUUUCUUCUUUCAGGGAUUUACAAAAGUCAAGAGGCUCGCUUGAUACUGCACAUUUAUACAGUGAAAUCAUCUACACAAACCAGCACAGCCAAGAUGAAGGAUGAGAAGUGGGCUAUGGAUGGAUUUGUGUCGGCAGAAUCAGAUGGGGCUACUUAUGUUUUUCAAGGUUCCAUUCAUAGCAAAGAUUAUGGGAACUUUGGACUGCGAAGUAUAGGAAUUAAUAUGACUGAGGACAACUCUGCUAAUCAUUCCUUUGGAACAAACAGCAGUUCUGUGGCGAUAGCAAUCUUGGUGCCUUUCUUCGCUCUAAUAUUUGCAGGAUUUGGAUUUUAUCUAUACAAACAAAGGACUGCCCCCAAAACACAAUAUACGGGAUGUUCUGUCCAUGAAAAUAAUAAUGGCCAAGCUGCAUUUGAGAACCCAAUGUAUGACACCAAUGCAAAGUCAGUGGAAGGAAAGGCAGUAAGAUUUGAUCCCAAUCUGAACACUGUCUGCACAAUGGUAUAAUGUUGGAAUGCUCCUUGUCACUCAGAAGCCAGGAAACUGAGACAUAAACCAGGGCACCUUUUUGGUACGCUAUAUACAUUAAAGCACAUUUUAAAGAACACAUCAAGUCACACUUUCCUGAGGACGACAAGAAGAGCAUAUCAUUUUGAUUGGGAUUGAAGUGAUUCUCCAUGGUCAAAAUGGAGAGUUUUCCAGCAAAUGGACUGCACUCUGUGAGUGCUUAAUUACAGUUUAUUUUCUUUUUUUUAAAAAGGAGAUUAUUCUAAACUAUAAACUUAUUUGCAUAUAUUGGAGGAGCAUCCACUAUCAAUAUUUACUGUGCUUUAUAAACUAUAUUAGAAGGUCUGGAAAAACAAAAAGAUAUAUGAUAAGAAAUUGUUAUACAUAAAUGAAGAUAAUGUGUUUAAAUACAAAGUACAAUAUUUUCACAUUCAUUGAAGAACGAAAUGCCCCUUGUCAAUUGGAGUAUUCCAUUUUGUGUACACUUGCGGGCAUGAAAAUACAAAACAGACAGAGGUGUUCCUAAUUUAUUUAUUUAUUUUUAUAAAAUGACAGCAGCAAUUCGUGAAUGCAAAAUAACUGUGUGAGAGGUCAUUUGCACAUAUACAUAUUUUCAGUACAAAGUCACUCGAGAAAAUCAUGAGGUGCUCUUUAGAUGUUUACUCCAAUAGGAAGAACCAGUUAUUGUCUUUAAUGUCUUUCCCGGGUUUUAUGUUAUGUCUGGUUCAUUGAUGAUAUGCUUUUUUCUUUUUCCUUUGGCAAUAUGAUUAUAAUAAAUGGAACCUAUGCUGCACCUGUUUUCUACCAAUCUGCAAAUAUACAUUUAAAAUAUCUUUGUAAACUUUUACAAUUUGCUACACCAAUGAUUUUCAGCUUGCACUACCCACUGUUUGCCUCUUUCUAUAAUUUUAGAUACUUCUGUAUACUUAGGGGCAGAUUCAUCAAAAUUUGAAUUCAAAUUUCUACUGUGAUUUCAGUUUCUUUGUGGAAAAAUUGUAAAUUCAUUUUUAAGUUUCCAAAACUGGAAUUCUAAAAGAUUCAUUAAGUGCAAAAACUUGAAACCUUAAAAUCGUUUUUUUUUUUAAAUCUGUAGAUUUCCCUGUGUGUUGUAUCUUCAAAAUUCAAGCUACUUUUCAAUUUUAGCACUAGAAAAUAAUUUACAGUAUGACAGUCUCAUUGAUGAUGAAGUACAGGAUGUGAUUUCAUUAUGUUUGAGUUGGAUUUUAACAUUUUAAGCAAUUACAUUCAAGAUUAGAGUUUCAAGUUUUUUCCGAAUUUAUUAAAAAAAUUGAAAAUUCUAAUUAAUAUAUAAAUUCAACAUUCAACAUUUUUACCAUGAUUAAAAUUGUUUGUGUGAUCAAACUUGUGAAUUUGAGCUGCAAGAACUUUUGAAACAAAAAAAUAAUUUCACUAUAUUUGAGUUUGUUUUUCAAAUUUAUAACAAAUCAAAAAUUUAAAAAUUUAAAUUUUUAUAAAUCUGCAUUUUAAUUGGUAUUUCUUCUUUUGAGGGUUUGAUGUAUGAAUGAUCACUGAUUGGUUCAGAAAAGAAUAAUAUCAUGACUUUUUUAAAAUUAUUAUUUUCAAAUACUCAUUCACGUUAUAAUUUCCUUACUGCAUGCACAUGGCCUCCCAGUGUAGAAUAUGACAUUUGAUGACAUUAAAAGUGGGUUAUGAAGAUGGUGUCCAGGGUAUGGAAUAGUUUUUUUCUUUUUAUGCUUUAGUAUCAUACAGAAAUAUUUUGCUCACUUUUAGAUUAAAGAAUUAAUCAUUAAUAGCAAUUUGCUUAUUUAUUUAGACCAAAGAGGUUACUGCUGUUUUGAAGUGUUCCUUUUAGAAGCUGCACACAAAUUUUAAUUUUGGAAAACAGCAGCAUACAAGACCUCAAAUAUCUAGAAUUAACAUGAACUUAAGUGUGGUAUUACCAAUUAAUGUUUCAUACAGUAUAUCAUAUAUAGACACAUCCUAUAUAUAC